UUUGGUGUCAUGGAUGCUGAAUUCAAUGGAACAUUUAUAACUCUUGGUGGCUUUGUAGACUUGGACAAAUACAGAUAUCUGUACUUUGUCAUCUUGUUAACACUAUAUAUUCUCAUCCUCUUUACUAACUGCACCAUUAUAUGUCUAAUCUGGAUCCACAGGAACCUUCAUGAGCCUAUGUACAUUUUCAUUGCUGCUUUGUCACUCAACUCUCUUUUGUUUAGCACUGCUAUCUACCCUAAAAUUUGCAUUGAUGUUUUAUCUCAAAAACAGACCAUUUCUCAUUCUGCUUGUAUGUUUCAAUAUUUUCUGUAUUACUCAUUUGCAGGAUCAGACUUUUUACUGUUGUCAGCCAUGUCUUAUGACAGGUAUGUGUCAAUCUGCAAACCUCUGCAUUAUCCAACUAUCAUGGGAAAAAGAACUGUUAUUGUCCUCUUGACUUUGGCCUGGUUUCUACCUGCAUGUGAGGUUGUAGUCGCAACUGUGAUUAGUUCUCAACAAAAACUCUGUGGCUUCACAACAGGAGGAAUCUUUUGUAACAAUACAUUUUUUCGCCUUCACUGUGUAAAAUCAGCAUUUCUUACAGUUUAUGGUUUGUUUGUAAUGAUGAAUUUUCUUGUUGUUCCUUCGAUGUUCAUCCUUUUUACAUACAUAAAGAUAUUUAUAAUAACUUAUCACAGUUGUGCAGAAGUCAGGAAAAAAGCGGCAGAGACAUGUUUACCUCACCUGAUGGUUUUAUUCAGCUUCAUUUGUUUAGUUUUAUUUGAUGUCAUCGUAGCUCGAUUGGAGUCAGAUCUUUCAAAAAUUGUACGUUUAAUAAUGACUUUACAAAUAGUUGUGUAUAAUCCUCUGUUCAAUCCAAUCAUGUAUGGAGUGAAAAUGAAAGCUAUUUGGAAACACAUCAAGAGAUUGUUUUGUCGACUGGUGAACAAAAGAAUAUAA